AUGCGGCUGACAAACGAAACCCAGGCGUAUCGCAAGUCAUUAAUCAAGAAAUUGGCCCUGUACCAUUUCGACGGCGGCAAUACGGAUAUCAAGUCACUACUUCAAUGGCCCAAAGUACUGACUGAACUGACUAUUGGAGACUACUUGGAAGCAAUUGAUCUUGACAUUCAAAGCUUACUCCUACCUCACAAGGACAAUCUUGUAGUUCUUGAUUUGGGCUUCAUUGUGGACCCAGACCGUUUCAACUUUUCUUCCUUUACGGCCCUUCGAGUGCUCAGAAUGUGCUAUUGGCCACUUAUCACAAGCUAUCGCGAGAUGCUUGCCAAAGGCGAGGUGAAACAGCUCAUGGCGCCACAACUUGGCCACAUUCAUUGGUAUUUCGCGGGACAACGGCCAGAGGACUACCCCCUCAACAAUUUUGACCUGUUUGACGAGACAUGGCUUUGCGACCUGGCCCGCUAUGCCACAGAAGAGCACCCGCAGCUGCGGUCCGUCUCGGUCGAUUACGCGCGACCGGCCGAGUACGACCCCCAAUUUGCCGCCAGCGGACACGCGUGGCAGAUUCCCCCUUAUCCCAAAGAGCGUUUUGGACGUGUCAAAGCACAAUAUGAAAGCUUUGGUCUCAAGUUUUCGUACAACAACCCGGUAGUGUUGCGGCCGAGGUGGAGGAACGAGCUUGAGCACGAGAGACGCGCGUUCGAGGCGCGCGGAUUAUGA